ACUUGCUCGGUGGAUGGAUCAUGGAGAGCUCUGCGACCGCUAGCUCGUGCAUAGCGCAUGCGGGAGAAGAUUUUCGAGAUAUUCGUGCGCGGUGUCUAUGGCCUGAAGCCCAUGCCCAAUCGUGCCCAAUGCAUGAGCUGCGCGUGCGUGCGUACGACGUACGUACCGGGAAAUUUGAAAAAUAAAUGCAAGCAAACGCAACGGAAUUUUUGGCGUCCACAUUGCUGAAAAUAUCUAGUUUCGACUGCAAGUUUAAGCUGAAAAUAUCUUAAGAUGGAGCGAGACAACGAAUCGAAGUCUACCGAUGAAUGGGAACUGAGUAAAGAGAAUGUUCUGCCUUUGAAACAAGGUCGAAAAAUGACGAAUCUCACGGCUGCUCUUCAGCCACAAAACUUUGAUCGGCAGCAGCAGCUGAUUUUGCAGAGACAGGGUUUUGAGACUGAGUUGAGAACCUAUAAUGGAGAUGAUCCCCUAGAUCCUUGGAUUCGAUACAUUCAGUGGACAGAGCAGAACUUCCCUCAGGGUGGCAAGGAUUCUCACCUGGGUGUGCUCAUACAGAAGUGCAUUAUCCAGUUCAAGAACAACGAACUCUACAAACAAGAUAGUCGAUAUGUUUCCAUCUGGCUUAAAAUGUAUGCAAUCCAGGCUCAGUAUGACAGUGAGAGUUUGGAAAUAUUCAAGUUUAUGCAAGCUAACCAGAUUGGGACCAAGUUGACUCUAUUUUAUGAGGCAUGGGCCAGUGAGCUGGAACAAGCUGGGAACACUAAGAGAGCUGAUGCUAUCUAUAAAGAGGGUCUUGCUUGUAAUGCACAACCACGGGAAAGGCUUGAAAGAGCCAUGAUUGAAUUUCAAUCACGUGUUGGUCGGACUACUGUGCAGCAGAUGCAGGAAGGAAUGAUGAAUCCUACUACCUCUUCUGAAGAUCAGCGAGCCACUCUCGGUGACCUCAGGGCUAGGGGGAAGCAUCAGAAAAUAGGCACAAGUCGAACUGGAGCUGCUAAGCUUUCAAGUCGGGGUGGUAUUCAGACUGCUUCAGCCCCACUCCAACAGCGAACCAACCAGAUAAGCAUAUUCUGUGACGACGAUGUUCAGAGUUCAGGGGCAGCCAAACCUACAGGGCAGUGGCAGCACCUGCCAUCUCGGGCUGAGUCACGAAAGGAGAACACCACUUCGGCUGGUCAGUGGGCGAAUCAAAGGCUUCCACAGAGGAACGUACCAAGGAUGACAUUUCAAGAAGUUAGCAGCUAUUCUAGACCAGAUUUUGAUGUCCAUGUGGAUGAAAAUGCAGAUCAGAUAACAACUCCACAUAAGCCACCAGAAAUGGGUUACCAAGUUCUGAGUGAAAAGAAGCAUCAUAAACCAACAAACGCCCUUCAUGCUAUCAAACAGGAAAACGUGAAUGACAACACAAGAGUGAUGUACUGCAAGCACCUUAUCUAUGGUGGCGCUCGAGAGAUGUCUUUUGAAGAACUACGUGGUAUCAAAGACAGGACAAAGAGAAAAGAGAGAGAAAUACAAGCUAAAAUGGAAGAAGCUGAAAGGAUGCGAGUAGACAUGGUUAGGAAGCAGAAGGAACAAGAUGAAAUGAUUGCAAAGAUGCAGGAGAAAUUAGAACAACAGAGGAUCCAGCAGGAGCAGUAUAUUGAGUUACUUGUGAAACAGAAGAUGGAGGCUAUGGCUCCCCAAAUGUCUCAGCAAGUGCAGCCCACAGCGGUUCAUCCCACACCCACUUUACCCCCACAGCCUGCGCCAAUGGCACCAGCUUACUCUGCGCCAGUGGUACCCCAACAGCCUGCUCAAGUAGCGCCAUCACAACCGGCACCAACAGUACCCACUGCCCAGUAUGCAUUGUCUCAAGAAGGCUUCCAGACACAAGGGUCUUCAAGCAAAUCUACUGGUCUCUCUCAUACCUCACCCUUGGACAGUAUCGUAGCCUGUGAGAAUAUCACCAAGCAAAGGAAUAGAUCAAACUCAGGAGGAGACUCUACUAUCACUUGUACAAAGCAGCUUCUAUUUGAUGAUCUGACAAGUGCAACUGGAAACUUCAAUAUAUUCUGUGACCCAGAUCAGGAUCCUCCAGCUAAACCAGCCCCUCAGUACCCCACAGUAGCUACUGCUGCUGCAGCUAAGCCACCAAGUGCUCCCCUGAUGGCAGCGCCAACUCCCUGCAACCCAUCUUCCACCUCCGCUUUCUCUAUCCACCCACAACCUGUGACUGCUCCACUUUCAAAGAUUAGAUCUCAGACAGAACAAGACACUAUUACCCCAAACCAAAGCUUCCUGUCCAAUACCAGCUCAACAGUUACCCAAGGAACAGGCCUCAAUGAUGAGAAGACACCCCAAUCCUCCAUGAUGAGCGACAAGACCCCAUCUUCUGCAUCUUUUGCAUCAUUGAGCCGCUCCAGGAACGGUCGGUUGAACCAAAUACGAACCCCUAAGGGUCUGACUGCGCCCUCGCCGACCAUCAACACAAAGGAAGCUCUAGGAGUGAUUAAUGCUAUGCUCAAUUGCUCUUUGAAGAGUAAUCAGUUUGAUUUGGAUGCUGAAUUCCAGAAUCAAGUCACCCACAAGGAGAAAGAAUUUGAGAUGGAAUUUGCAAAUGAGAGUAGCGAUGUAAAGCCAUUGAGCAAGGGUGCAAUAUUUGAAGAUGCCAGUGCUGACAACCACAUCAGAGGUUUUGUAGGACAAGGCAUCAUUCCUCGAAGACAGCCUCUGGCUCCAAGGAUGGGUCAGUCCAACGAAGCACCACAACAAGUAGUUCCACCAUCAUCUGCAUUCUCCUCUAUACCUAUCUAUCAAGAUGAUGUCAAGACAGAGAUCAAAGAGGCAGGUGCUGGAAAGAUCACAAUAUUUGAAGAUGAGCCAGUGGACAAUACCAAAGAAAACACGCCUCCAUCAGAUUACAAGCAAGUGAAAGAUAGGAGAGAGAUGACAGGUAUUCUGCAAUCUUCAAAGGGUGUACCAUUCAUGCCCCUAGAAGAUCAGGAGCAAGAAGAAGAUGGAGUGGAAGCAAUGGAAGUACAUCCCAGUAGUGAACCUUCUCAACAGCGUGACCAUACCAUGAAUAUAACCCUACCACCGACGGGAGCUGGCUCUAAUUACUCCUUUGAUUUAGCAGCCCGUAUGGCUUCUACACCCUUCAACGAUGCGUCUUCCCACAAGCUUUCUUUCAUACCCCCUAUGAGUACUAUCAAACCGAGGGAGGUGGAGCAGUCCCCCACCAAAGGAGAGGUAGUUCUGCCCAGUGGGGCUUCUGAUGUCGGGGGAUUGAAGGUUGGUGCUUCUGCUUCUAGAGUGGUACACACGUCAGUUAAUGAAAGCUUUGAGAAGACUGAAUUCACAGUUAAUCAUUCAGGUGGACAUCUUAGCCCUAUCAUGGAGACAAGUGCAGAGAAUGCCCGAUCAUCGGCCUCAAGCUCUGCCUCAACCACCAACUCACAUGCCUCUGCUUCCUCUCUGGAAGGUCACCAGUCAUCAAUCAACACUCAAGUAGAAAGAGAGAAAAAUGUUGCGCCAUCUGUCCAAGGUUUCAGCAUCCACAUGGAUGAAGAUCCUCCCGUCCAAUGUCAGAAACAGGCUGGAUCUUUAUCUUUGGGCUUUCAAAUCCAUGUUGACAACCCAGAGCCCAUCAGUGCUGCCUUGGAGGCUGGCAACAACUCCUGUGCACAGGACCACCACGUCCAGAUUGGAGGAGCAGAACUGUCUAGGAAAGAGUUAUCCUUCAACACCCAAUCGCUUCUCGAAUCACAACCAAAGUCAAAUGACAAUGGCCUCCUGCACAAGGAUGAUCUGCCAAACUUGGAGAUGAGCUUUAUCCCAGAUAGGACAAUCCAGGAUGUGGAACAAGUGGAGGAGGACAUCACUGUCUUUGGAAUGCGAGAUGAACCUCUUGACUACAGCGACCCGUUCAAUGCUGGUCUUCAGAACCUUCUACUGGUUGGCCUAUCCAAACCUCUGUCCAUGUAUAAAGGAAUCUAUCAGCAUGAACAAGUGAUGCAAGAAAUCAAGCCAGGCCUUGCUGUUAGCUUUGGUGAUGAGAUCCAUGUGUUUAAUGUGAUGAAGAAGGUAGGAGAGGGAGCCUUUGCUACCAUCUACCUGGCUGCAUGCCUUGAUGCACAGGACAUGAAUGACAUAGAAGAUGAGUUCCGCAGAGUAGCCCUCAAGGUCCAACACCCUCCAUGCCCCUGGGAGAUGUACAUCAUCAAAGAGUUACAUGCUAGAAUUAGCAGAUUGCCUUCCCAGAUCGAUGUGCGUCCGUCCUUGAUGAAUGCUGAAUGUGCACACAUCUACCAAGAUAGGAGCUGCCUGGUGACCGAGUACGAAACUAAAGGCACCCUUCUUGAUUUCAUCAACACAUACAAGCAACGAAAAGGAAGAGAUAUGCGAGAACAGUGGGUCUUGAUCCUGGCUAUCGAGAUCCUGCAGGUUAUAGAACACAUGCAUCGAUGUAAGAUCAUCCAUGGUGAUAUCAAGCCUGAUAACUUCCUUAUCAAUUCAAAAAAUGAUGAGAAAACAACAUGCAAUCAGGAUGCUUCCUCUGGGAACUUUAUAAAGUUGAUUGACUUUGGGCGUAGCAUUGACAUGACCCUCUUCCCUGAGGGUACAACGUUCACAGCCAAAUGUAAGACCAGUGGGUUCAACUGUACAGAGAUGCAGUCUAAUCAGCCAUGGACAUACCAGGUUGAUUAUUAUGGAAUUGCUGGCACCAUCCAUUGCAUGAUGUUCGGAAAGUACAUGAAGGUCUUCAAAGAGAGAGGCAUCUGGAAAAUGACAUCCACAGUCCCAAGAAAGUGCAAGGCCAACUGGAAGGGUUUCUUUCAUACCUUACUUAAUGUGCCGAGUUGUGACCCCUCUGACCUCCCUCAUCUUGGUGACCUAAGGAGACAGCUAGAGCAAUAUGUUGAUCCUUCAACAAAAUUAGAACUUCAGUUCAACGUAAAUGCCCUCUUGUAACAGUAACAUUCACAAGGCACUAACUUGAAGCUUGAAUGGCAAACACUUCUCCUUACUACAUAUGAAUUAAAGUAUAAAGGCUUUCAUUGAGAGUAGUGACCCAACAUUUGCUCCUGCAUCAAUUCUUGAUUUCUGUGAAGAUUAACCCAUUGAGGUACAAAACUUUCUAUAUUAAUCUUGACUAUUCUUUUUAUAUAAAAGGAAUGAUACUUGAAAGUCAAUUUUUCAAUUUAAGGACGUUCCCCAGUUUGUGGGCAUCCCUAUCUGCGCAUAUAAUUUUACGCCAUGUGUGUUGAUGUCACAAUAAGUGAACAGGUUGAGUAAUCAGCUGCAGGUAACAGUUCAUUUUUCCAGUCAUUGGCACUCUAACAGCAAAUCUUGAUAUGAUAUUUUACGAAGCUAUUACCUGAAAAAAAUCUAUGGACCACUUUUUAAAUGCCUGUAUCCCUUCAGAAUACUUUACUCUGCAGUGCUGCGAAGUAUGACGAAUAUGACCUCGAGUUUGAUUAAAUGGGAUAGUGCUGUAGAAUUUCCUUUAUGUAGAUACAUGCCUUUUGACACGUUUUCGCAUUUUUAAAAGCAUAUUUGCUCAACAAAAGUACUAAUAGUUUGAAAACAAGCACAUGAACCCCCAGUUUUAAAUAUAUUAACACCUCUUUAGUGUACAAAAUUUGGUGAAAAUGACAUGGGUUUUAAUAAAAUGUAGCAUUUAUUGUAUUUCUUGAAUUUUUACAUAAAUUUCAAUUUUUUUUAGAUAUGUUUUUGUCGUCUUUCACACCUUAUUUUCAAAAUUGAAUGUGCUGCUACUCUUUAAGAGGGAAGGAAUAUCAAUAUAAGUGGAUUCUUUAUCUCAAGUAUAUAAGUCUGAACUAUGAUGUAAAAUUUUGUGAAAUUUAGACUGAUUUUGACUGAGUAAUAGAGGUUUAAACUCAACGCUGUGCUCUCAUAGGGUCUAAAAUGCAAAGUUAUUUUUAUUGCGUACUUCUUGAGACCUUUCAAAUGAGUAAACUUCAAGGCUCAAUAGCAAAAACUCAAGCAUAUGAACCCAUGUAAAUUUCUGCAUAUUUGGAAUAUUUAAGUACUACAGAAACUCCGGGCAAAAUUUGGUGACAAUGACAUGGAUUUCAAUUUAACUGUGGAACGUCCUUAAAUAGUAACUAAAUAUUUUCUCAUAAUUGUGAGAAUGUGGUUAGGUAAAGCGCUGGGUAAUAAUAUAUUUGGCCUGAUGUGCAGACUAUAUGCAGCAAAAGCCACUGCCUUGAAUCACUAGAAUUCAUCUCUUCCAGUGGCCAUAGUGAGAGAAGUAAUUUGCAACCUCAUCUAGGGGGCCUGUGUUUUAUGACAAGUAACAUGAUAAAAAUUUUCCAGUGCUGAACUGUAGACAAUUUUCUGAAGGGGGACUGUUUUUUAAUGGAUCUUCACAGUAACAUAUAUGUGUAUAUAACAUAUAUAAAUGUUGGUGCAAGCUCAUCCCUCAGUCGCAGAUGCAAGUAUCUGAAACAGUACACAGCCAAAGUAUUGACCUCUAAUAAUGGUUUUUGAAGACAGAUUGUAAAAAAUGAAGAAGGGAAGUUCAAGAAAAGUGUUGUAAUUUCAUAUCAAAGAACUGUUCAAAUUAAUUUCAUAAGUGUUGCUGUGAUCAGCUUGACCACAAUCACAUAUGUGGUAGGGAAGAGUGUUAUGUUACUGAAUGCUACCGUGCCGUAGAAAAAGUUAAUUUCUAAUUGGUCUACACCUGCUUUGUUGACUUAUCGCUUAGUCAAAUCCUAGGUCAUCGUUUUCAUUUGACAGAGUUGAAAUUAGACCAGCUGGCCACAAGACCAAAUGAGAAUAGAGUACCGAAAUGACAUAAAAUGAUAAAAUACCUCUACAACCCAAAUUUGGUGGGAAUCAGUCCAUGGGGGCCUUAGAUAUGACCUCAUGAAUACAUAAUUAGCCCCAUUGAAGUCAAUGUAUCAUUGGCCUGGUACUCUAUUAGACUAAGUGGGUACACCAAAUUGAUAGUAGACCAAAUGGGUUUAUCCCAAUAUAUGUGAAAAAGACCAAGUUAAUAUAAAUCGUAGAAAAAUGGUGCGUUCAAACUUGAAAUAGAUUUAUUGUUAUAGCAAUCCAGCUUUUAUAUUGUUCCUUGAUAGGUUAACAUAUUAACACUGUACAAAAUGAGAAAAAUGUAGUCAUGCAUUGUAUAUAUUUUGAUAUUACUUGUAUUUAAAUCAAAACAUGGUAUUAGCAUAACUAUUGUGUAGUGUGAUUUUAAUUAAAAUUACUAGACCAUGAUAGGAUUAUGUCUGCAUUGGGAAUAUUAUUGAUUGUAUUUUUUCUUUGUGACAACUGGAUUGUUUACAACAGUUUGUAUUUAAAGGCCCCAAUUAGUGGUCAUGAUGCCCUUCUCAUUUUUAUCAAAGUUUAGGUCCUUGUUCUCUCAUAAAAGCUUACCUCAAAUAACUCAUUAGGCCUACUGGCCUUAGUACCCUGCUGUGUGGCCUAUUUGAAAAUGUGCUCCUCAAAAAUCCUAUUUGGAGGCCUGUUUUGUACAUAAUAAAUCCUUUUUAAUUAAUUGAAUUCCAAGAUCCCUCACCAUGUAUCACAUCUGCUACUUACAAUUUCAUUGCAAAAAGAAAAUCCUUGAACAUAUUUUUAUCAAUUUUGUAUAUAUCGGAAUUGCUCAGUAUUGAUAUGAUAAACAAAGGGGGCAUGCUAUCUAAAUCCCGCCCUAAUAGUAACUCACUAUUAGGUAGUUAGAUUGUGCUCUUUCCUUGUCAGUUAAAAUUGGUAGGGGGCAUUGUUCAAACUCAAUUUGUAUGAUGUUUUAUAUGUAUUCAUUGUUAUUUUGGCUGUACAUCAUGGUGCUUCCUUUCUGUUAAAUUGUGUCACCUAAACUAAAUGAUUAAGUGCCUUGUCCUGUAUGUGACCAAACAUAACCCACACAAUUUGGAGAGAGUAUCUUUCUGGAGAUUGAUAUUCCUCUACUGAAAAGUGUGAAGUCAUGAAAUUCAACCAAUUUUGUAUUAUGUAUCUCAGGUUCCAUUGAACUUUUACUUUGAUAAACACAUUUAUUGUGGGUUUGACAUAGGUGAUCACAUAUUAUACAAAUAAUGCACGUAAACGCGUGCAUGCAGGGCCAAAUAAUGAACGAUGUGCGAGAAGAGCCAAUGGAGUGCAGUAUAUCCAUUUGGCGAGUCGAGCACAGAGUUCAUUAUUUAGGUCCUCUAUGCACAAUAAUGCAUGCAUUGUUUGUUUUAUACAACCCCUCCCUCAUGUUACUGAGUUGCCCCGAAUGCUAUAUUUGACCUAAAUUCAAGAUAAUUCCAGACCUUGCACUAUCCUGCACUCUGACGUCAGAGUGCAGGGUAGUGCAUUUGGUAUGACAUCAGAGUGCAUUUUGGAUGCAAUAGUGCAAUUCGCUGAAUAUCAUGUGGUCCGAUUUGGACCAAUCAGAUUACAGAACAUUCUAGGGAGUUGUAUAAUGUACAAUACUGUACUUGUGCACAUAGUUCAUUGUUUUUUAAUAUGAACCAAAAUAUAGAUAAUGCGCUGCACUGAAUGACCUACUUUUCCUGAAGCUACGCGCUCAGCGGAAUGCAGAUUUUGUGCCUGCGCCCAGAGAUUGCGCGAUCUGUGUCAAUGAUCUAUGACAUCAAUUAUUGACGUCACGGAAAAGUAAUUUUUCUUCAGUGGGUGUUUCAUUUUCAACAUCAUCACAAAAUAGUGAGAAUAUGUCUGGUCUCAUGAUGCUAUUUAAACCAAUCAGCAAACAUGAUUUAAUUCAUGUAAGAUUUAAAACUAAUUAUAGAACUCUAUAAAAUAUUUGAACCGAUACAUGAAAUCUUUUCCACAAUUGUUUUUCCAUUUAUCACAACCUAGUUAGUGUACUUUAUGAAAUUCUUCAGAUGAAUACCUGGGGCCUGUUGCAGAAAACGUUUGCCAUAAAAAAAAAUUCUGGCAAACAAACACAAUCCCUGGCAAACAAAAUUGUGUCAUUGACAGUAACACAUUGAAAAACUCUGCCAAAAAAUUUGCCAGUUAUUUUUUUUGUGCAACAGGCCCCAGUGUGGCAAUUUUUGGCAAAUCAUUUUAGUCUAAGCAUCAAUUACAAAGGAGCAUAUAUAUUUGUACAGUAUUACUUUUUUGUAAGAAAACAAUGCUAAAAAGUGUUGCCUUUUUUUUUAUUGUGAUCAUUCUUGUGUUUACGAUGUCCAUGUAUAUACCAAUUUCACCUUUGUAAAUAUGCAAAAAUUUGUCAGGAAAAUAUCACGUUAUAUAUCAAUGUAAA